GGAAGUGGCGGCGGAACGGGCGCGUGAGGGGUGGCGGAGCCAUGGCCGGGGGACCGGCCCGGGGAGCGCGGCAAAAACCGGGACAGGGACCGAAACAGGGACAGAGACCCGGACCGGGACCGAAACCGGCCCGGGGACCGGGACAGAAGGCGGGACCGGGACCCGGACAGGGACGGAAAGCGGGGCCGGGACAGAAAGCGGGGCCGAGAUGGGAGCAUGGCCCGGGCGUCCCGCUGCGCAGCAGGAAGGAGAAGAAGGACAACAUGAAGCCCAAGCACCCCGAGGAGCAGGAGAUCCCGUUCCGCCUGCGGGAGCUGAUGCGGAGCCGCGAGGCCCUGAAGCGCCCGGAGCCCGGCAAGAGGCAGGCGGCAGAGAAGAAGCAGCAGCAGAAGUCCAAGGGCCCCAGGGCCCCGGGGGACAUCCCCGUGCCCAGGUUCCGCAGGGGCCGGGGCGAGUCGGAGCGUUCCUACAUCUGCCGCAUGGAGCAGGAGGUGCAGCGUGUCCUCUUCCUCACGGAGAACCAGCUCCAGCGGGAGCCUGAGAAGGAGGCGACGGCUCCAGAGAAGUCCAAAAGGAAAAAAGAGUUUCAGAAAAGGAAGCUGGAAAAGGCUCGGAAGAAAAAGGAGGAGAAGAAGGAGGACUUGCUGGAGAAGAGCCUGUUGCAAGACACGGUGCCGUUCGGAGAAGUGGUGACACAGCCACCCACCAUCACCUCACGGCCCAGGGGACAGCGUCCUGCCGAGCAGGCUGGACGGAAGCAGCUCCUCCUGACGCCCCGUCUGGGCCAGAGCCAGGCGUCCCCCGUGUCCCCCGUGUCCCCCGUGUCCCCGGUGAUGUCGAUGGCCCGCCGGCGCAUCCUGGAGGAGGAGCGGGCUCGUGUCAUCCGUGCCUACCGGGACAUCCAGCGGCGCAAACAGCUGGAGCGGGAGCGCGCCCGGGCCGGGCCGGGCUGAGCACUCCUGGGGACAUUGUCCCGAUGCUCUUGUGUCACUGCUGAGCCCCAGGGCUUCCCACAGCUCCACAGCUCAGCACUGCAGUGGGGUCCCUGCGGUGCCAUGGACCUGCUUGGAGUAAAAUUACCCGUGGGA